AUGCCUUUGAACGUGUUCCGAGUCCUUGCGGAUUUCUCGCAUCUCGGCUCCAUUUUCAUCUUGCUUCACAAGAUGGUGCAGCUCAACAGCUGCUCGGGUAUCUCCUUCAAGUCGCAGACACUCUACAUGCUCGUCUACAUUACCCGUUAUCUUGACCUCUUCAAAACCGAUAGCAUCUACAACUUCAUCUUCAAGAUCAUGUUCCUUGGCUCCCAAGGUUACAUCAUCUACCUCAUGACCAACGCCUACAAGCCUACCAACGAUCCUAAUGUCGACACCUUCCGAGUCCAGUACCUUCUUGCGGGAGCUGCUGUUCUCGCCAUCGUCUUCCCCUAUCAUUACACCAUCUCGGAGAUUCUGUGGGCCUUCUCCAUCUGGCUCGAGUCUGUGGCUAUUCUCCCCCAGCUCUUCAUGCUUCAGCGCACCGGCGAGGCCGAGACUAUCACCACCCACUAUCUCUUCGCUCUCGGCAGCUACCGCGCUCUUUACAUCCCCAACUGGAUCUACCGAUACUUCGCCGAGACUAACCACAAGGUCGACACUAUCGCUAUCGUUGCUGGUAUCGUCCAGACCGUUCUGUACAGCGACUUCUUCUACAUCUACUACACCAAGGUCAUGAAGGGCAAGAAGUUCAAGCUCCCUGUCUAA